AUGCCAAGAAUAGAAUUUGAAAUAAAGCUGGGGUAUGAAGACGUGCUGUUCCGCCCCAAAAGAAGCACACUGGCUUCUAGAUCUGAUGUUACCUUGGAAAGGGAGAUCAGAUUCCGUAACUCCGGUCUAAAAUACCGUGGUGUACCUGUAAUGGCUGCAAACAUGGACACAACAGGUACAUUCGAGAUGGCACGUGCAUUUGCCGCGUGCCAGAUGUUCGUGUGUAUUCACAAGCAUUACACUGUGCAGCAGUGGGUGGAAUUCGCUGCAAAUAACCCGCAGAGUAUCGAGCACGUAGCAGUGAGUUCGGGCUCAUCUGAAAGGGACCUAGAUAAACUUAAAGACAUCAUUUCUCAAGUGCCAGUAAACUUCAUCUGUCUGGACGUAGCUAACGGGUACUCGGAGCACUUUGUGGCGUUUGUUAAGAAAGUUAGGGACACUUACCCCAGCAAGACUAUCAUAGCAGGUAACGUAGUGACAGGUGAAAUGGUUGAAGAACUGAUCUUGGCUGGAGCAGAUAUUGUUAAAGUUGGUAUUGGCCCGGGAUCAGUCUGUACCACCAGGAAGAAGACAGGAGUAGGGUACCCCCAACUUAGUGCAGUGUUGGAGUGUGCUGAUGCUGCUCACGGUCUAGGAGGACACAUUGUAGCUGAUGGGGGGUGCACCUGCCCAGGAGACGUUGCAAAGGCGUUUGGAGCUGGAGCUGAUUUUGUCAUGUUGGGAGGAAUGUUUGCUGGGCACGACGAAGGGUCGGGGGAGAUCAUCGAAAAAGAUGGCCAGAAAUUUGUUAAAUUCUACGGAAUGAGUUCAGCUACAGCAAUGGAAAAGCACUCGGGAGGAGUAGCCACCUACAGAACCAGCGAGGGGAAAACUGUUCUUAUACCUUACAAGGGUUCAAUAGAAGUAACGAUACAAGACAUUCUGGGAGGAGUAAGAUCCUGCUGUACGUAUGUUGGAGCAGUGAAACUGAAGGAGCUCCCUAAGAGAACCACCUUUGUGAGGGUAACCAAGCAAAUUAACGAGAUCUACGGGAAACAGAGCAUCAAUAAAACAGAUUAAGGAUGUGGUGACUUGUGAGUCUCUGGGAGAGUUGCUGGUUACCUUGGUGAGGAAGGAAAAGCUGUAGCAAAGUAGAUUGGUUUAAGGACCAAAUGGGUGUUCUGUAUCACUAGUUCUUGUUUCGUAUGUUUUUAUUGUAAUUGUAAUUUUGAUUGUGCUCAUUCAUUAUGAGUAAAAAACUUAUGUACCUGCGAUGGUACUAUAAGCUUAUAAGGUACUUUAAGGUACCUGAGGAUUUUGACUAAAUUAUUUGUGGGAUACUAUAAUUGGGUUAUAAAACAUUUUCAAGCAUUGAAUAAA